UCAUUUACAAAAAUAAUUUAAAACUAAUUAUUUUUUUGGACUUCAGCCCCAAAAAAUGAUGAGCUCCAAAAUUUGACUUGAUUUCUUCACAGUUGUACAUCGGCUCAUUACAUUACAGCAGCAGUUUCCCUGUUUCAUCACCUUCAACAAAGCUUUUGCGGACCAGUUUGUAGGGAGCUUAAGGUGACAAUGGAAAGCCAGGACAGAGAUGAAAUUCAUAAUUGUGUGAUCAAGCUGAGAGUUAAUCCUCAAAAGCGAAGGGAGAAGGUUUAUAUUGGCUGUGGAGCUGGGUUUGGAGGUGACAGGCCAAUGGCUGCUCUUAAGUUGCUUCAGAGAGUUAAAGAGCUAAACUAUCUAGUACUGGAAUGCCUAGCGGAGCGUACUCUUGCUGAACGGUAUCAGUUUAUGGUGUCUGGUGGCGAUGGUUAUGAUUCUUGGAUUUCGCAUUGGAUGCGUUUGCUUUUACCUUUGGCUAUGGAGAGACGAACUUGCUUAAUUACGAACAUGGGUGCAAUGGAUCCUUUUGGUGCCCAAGAAAAGGUUAGGGAAAUAGCUAGCAGCCUGGGGCUUAGUGUCUCUAUUGCCGUGGCUCAUGAGACUUUUGUCACAGAAUCAGGAUCACCAUCCUCACUCGAGAAAUCAUAUUUAAUGGGAGGCGGUGCUAGUACAUAUCUGGGAGCUGCUCCUAUUGUUGAAUGUUUGAAGAAGUACCAGCCAAACGUGAUAAUAACUUCCCGGGUUGCAGAUGCUUCCUUAUUCUUAGCACCAAUGGUAUAAAACCUAAUUUCUUCA